AUGGAAACCUACCUCCAAUAUCGCCGGAUAGGACGUACGGUACAAAAACAACUGGAGUCCACCGACGCCGAAGCCGCGCGCCAACUACCAUGUUUGUCACGGCAGAGAACCAGAGUCGUCAAUGGACGGCCAGUACUAAUUGUUGAAUGGGACGGACCGGACGAUCCUAUGAACCCAAGGAAUUGGUCUAUGUUCCGUCGCGUCUAUGCCACACUGAUCAUAUCUUCGAUUGCCUUUAUGGUGGGCGCUGCUGCUCCAAUUGACGCCGCUGUCCUACCACAAGCUGCAAAAGACCUUGGUGUGAGCGAAGUCACCGAGACCCUGGCUGUGGGCGUCUUCUUGAUCGGGUUCGGAUUUGGAGCUCUUAUCUGCGGCCCAUUUUCAGAAGUCCUGGGAAGAAGUGGCACCUACAGCGUGUCGCUUGCCUCAAUGUGCAUCUGGCUUAUGGCAUCUGCUCUAGCACCCAACCUAGGAGCUCAAAUCGUCUUCCGGUUUCUGGCAGGUUUCAGUGGCGCAUCUCCGCUUGUCUGCGCUGGAGGAUCGGUGUCGGAUAUGUUCACACCUAUCGAGAAGACCUACAUGUUUCCUAUCUUUGCCGUGGGAGGCUUCAUGGGCCCGCCUUUAGGAUCUGUAAUGGGUGCAUGGGUGCCGGAGUCGCCAUAUCUGCAUACCUGGAGGUGGACAGAAUGGAUAGCAUUGUUUACCGCCGCUGUGGUACUCUUUCUAGCAUUCUUCUUUCAGCCAGAGACGUUCCCCCCACUCUUGUUGAGUUGGAAGGCCAAGCACCUCCGCAAACUCACCGGCGAUGAGCGAUAUUUUGCCGAGCAUGAGAUCGAACGCAUACCAGUGUCGACGCGGCUCAGGGUCGCCCUUCCGAGACCUUUCAUCAUGGCGUUUACGGAGCCGGUGAUAUUCUUGAUCACACUAUAUAUGUCUGUGCUUUACAUCAUCCUCUUCACAUUCUUUGACGGAUACGACUAUAUCUUCCGACAGACAUACGGCAUCUCACAAGGUCUCUCCAACACGAUCUUCGUCGGCAUAGCCAUUGGUGUGCUAUUGGGCGGUGCUUGGCUGCCGUGGAUGUACAAGAGAACGGUACUGGCUCAGCGCGUGGCCGAGUCGAGAGGCAGGAAACAAUUCGACCCCGAAGUUCGGCUGUGGUUUGCCAUGGUUGGCGGCGCUCCUGCCAUUCCCAUCUCGCUGCUGUGGAUGGGCUGGACCACAUAUCCAAGCGUGUCGAUCUGGUCGCCCAUCCUCGCUUCGGUCCUGUUCGGCUAUGGAACCAUCAUGAUUUUCAUUAGUUCGUACAUGUACAUCAUCGACAGUUAUGAGAUGUACGCUGCGAGUGCGCUCACAUUUGCCACGCUGGCCCGUUAUAUCAUUGCUGGCGGAAUGACGGUUGUGGGCAUUCCAUUUUAUCAAAACAUGGGCGUGCACUGGACACUUACGAUCUUGGCUUGCCUGAGUGCGUUGCUUGCUCCUAUGCCAUAUGUGUUUUACAAAUACGGCUAUGUCAUCAGGAGAAAGAGUCGGUUUGCAGUCAACCGGGCGGCCGACGAGUCACCUCCGGUGUCACAGCCUGAAUCGACCGGUUCGUCCUCCUUGACAAUCCCAGGCGAGCAGGAGAAGAGCAAGGAGGAGAAAGACGCAGUGAUGGCGACUGAAAGAGGUUCAAAUUGAAAGAUUGCCGUCCCUUUCACGAUCAUCUCGGCUCAUAUUUAUCAAGCGUUGUCAAAAAUAUUCGACCAUGUAUUGAUAGCCCGCCUGGUCCUAGUGGUCUUAUAGCAAACGUCUCUGCACUUCCGUUGCUGGAUGGCUCAUCAUCGACUUCAUAUCCUGGCUGGCACCGUCUUUAGUGGCACAUGAAGACAUCGAAAUGCUAUGACCGUUGAGAGUCGUGGUACCUGGGCCUCGAAGCUUGUAAUCGUGCAGGAUUCCCAAGGCGGAGGGACCGUGGUGGUGUUUCCGAGGGAUUUUUGAAUUGAGCAUCUUAUGGACGACCUAGUUGAGCAUGAGACAGGUCACGUCUGAGUGGCUCAAACAUGUGUCUCGGUCUCUUAAAAAUCACCAGUCCAGUUCUCGUCCCCAAUAAGUCUCUGCAGGAAUUUCUCAGUCGCCCAUUCCGCACUGCCGUUGAACAUGUCCACGAAUCUCUGGCCUGCGCCGAUUUUCAUCCUCUCGUCGGUGAACUCCGGCGCGAGCACGUUCGCCGUCAAGGCAUACUCAACGCCUUCGCAAAGCUUGAGAGCUUUCCAGCAUCCGCCCGGUAUGGAGACGAUGGGAACCUGUCCGGAGACGUAGUCUCGGCCAAGGAUCGCCUUUGAUGCUGUGCUCGGAGACGGAGACCCAGAAGCUGGGGAAGGCGUCAAAGACGGGUUCGACAGUGACAGUGAAGGAUGACCUGGGGGUGUGAAUGUAUAGUACUCCACCGGCCCACCCUCGAUGAGAAUAUGAGUGUCAUCCGGGGCUAGGAAGUGCAAGUAGUUGAUGGGAUGAUCGGACGUUAGCAUGUAGUAGUUGUGCGAUUGAGCGGCGAGAGGCCCGGACGAAUGAGGGAAGCUGGGGGUGACAGCGGCCUCUGGCUUGCGUACAGUCGGCUGCUCAAUAGUGACAUUAUGGCAUGAACGCCCUAGUAUACCG